GAUAAUCCUUAAUUCUCUUCAACUUCAAUGGAGUUUUUUCCUCCAAAUAUGGAGAAUAUCAAAGCCGCAGAAAUUCAGACCGAUUCACUGCCUCUCGAAUCAGCCGAGGACGACGCAACCGAGUUUCCCCUCCCCAUGGAAUCUUCUAGCCAGGAAGAAAACAGAACUGGUCUCACUCUUAAAUCUCGAGACUAGAGGACUUUUUUAAUUCAUGUUCUCUUCGGCUCUGUUUGGAUCGAUCUCGCCCGUCGUCGAUGGAAUUGGUCGGUCUGUAUAACGGGUUCGGAUCUGUAGCCAAUUAUCCUAGAAAUUCAGUACGAGGGCACUCAGAUGACGGAGUCUGUACCUUCUGAUUGGACCGAUGAGAAGCACCAUCGGUUCCUUGAAUCCAUGGAGGCAUCAUUUGUCAGCCAAAUGUUUGAUUCCGCGCAUUCAGUUGGAUCCGUCGGCAAGGAAAAUUCUUCGCGUACAAAAUUGCACGGCCAAACCCAGUCCGCCUCUAAUAUCCAUUCACAUUUCGGCCAGUUUAAGGUUCUUCGACGAGGCAGCUGGAAGAACAUCAAUUUUGAACCAACUGAAUCUCGGCCGAGUGUAUUGAAUGAUUUACAAGCUCUCUCGCGCAAUCCUUGGAUACAUCACUUUAGAGCUGCUCGCAAACAGAAAAAUGUUGCGUGCAAAAGUCAAGCCAUCAGUUCAGGAGAAAGGAAUUCUUCGUUUCCCUUUGGAUCAACUAAUAAUUCAGGACCAAUGCGUGCUUGUGACUCUCAUUUGUCUCAGCAAUAUAUCAGCAGCAACAGAGAAGUGUCAGAUCAGAACUUUGUUGAUGAAGACAGAGAAGUUGAAAAGGGAAACAACGGUUGCAUUGCCAAAAGAGUCAACACUCCAGAAACCAAUGCUUUGAGCAAUGACCAGUCCCAUGAAGGAGAUGAUGUUUAACAAGAGUUAUAUCACAUCCAGAAAAUAGCUAGAUCCAAGAGUAUCGCCGAGACGAGACAAAAGACUUGUCGACUACUUUUCCAACUCGGGAAAGGACAUAGAUGAUUAGAGAUUGUUGCUGAAGUCUAGAAAGCUCAUUCUGAUGUUCUUGGUUUGUCUGUUAAUGCAAGUCCUAAUACCAUAUGGUGUCUGCAGUUGUUUAGUACGUAAAUCAGCAAUUAUGGUUUUGAGUGGGUAGAUGUGUAUGGUAUUGUCAUUCAGCAUAUGUAUAUAUUUUUUGGUACAACAAGGUUAUGCAACAUUUGAUUUAAGUUUCUUUUUUUCCUCUCUUUUUCAAGAUGAACAUAAGAGAGCAAAAUGAAAUAGGAAAUUUCCAAAUUUCU